GAUUUAUUGAAUGAGGCACUUUUCUGUUUAUAUAGUGCAUAUCAAUAUUUAAACAUUCUCUAUUCAUUUUGUUGAAUAUUUUCCAUCCAAUUAAUUAGCUAGUUUCAGUAUGGAUAAUGGUAAAUUCUUUAAAUACUAAUAGCAAAGUAACUUUUCAUGGAAGUUGAAAUAUUAUUGUAAAACCUCAACAUCUAAAAAUGUGCCUACCACGGUCUCUUCAUUAUACAAGGAAUAUUUUGAAAUUUUAUGACUCAAAUAAGACUAAUUGCAACCACAUACGGAAAUAUGUAAAAACCAAGCAAUUAAGAAACUUAUACUUCUUAAAAUUACAUAUACUGCCGAUUCGCACUAUUUCCAGUGAUUCAGUUGAAAACAUUAUUUUACAAAACCAAGAUGCCUUAAAGUUACACUUAGAUUCUCUUACCGAUAAUUAUAGAAGUGAUAGAUCAUUCUCAAAAAGUAAUUUGCAAGCCUUUAAGAAAAAUCAGUUAUUGUCUUCAAGAGUUAAUAUUCUUGACAAUUUGGCAUCUUUAGAAGAAUUGAAAUUGGGCAUGGAAGAUGAUAAAGAAAUGAAAGCUCAAAUAGAAUCUGAAAAAACAGAAUAUAUUGAGAAGCUUCAAAGAGUCGACCGUGAGUUGGUAAAUUAUUUGGUACCAGUGGAACCCUUUGAUGAAAUCAAUGAUGUAAUAAUUGAGAUAAGAGCAGGAGUUGGUGGACAAGAAGCCAUGCUGUUUGCAAACAAUUUACUUGAAAUGUAUUGUGGCUAUGCUUCAUACAAAGGCUGGGAUCAUUACGUGGACGAUCUAUCAGUCUCGGAUUUGGGCGGCAUAAGAAGUGGCAGCAUAUCUGUGAGUGGAGGUGAUGCUUUGAAGCACUACUGCUACGAGGCUGGUGUACAUCGGGUGCAGCGAGUUCCUCUCACCGAGAAGUACGGCCGCAUUCACACCAGCGCCGUGUCUGUUUCUGUCAUGGCUCAGCCAUCAGAGGUAGAAGUGGAUCUACAUGAUAAAGACUUGAAAUUUGAAGCGAAACGAGCUUCAGGUCCCGGCGGGCAAAGUGUCAACAAAACCGACAGUGCGGUUAGGAUCACUCAUUUGCCAACAGGUAUUGCGGUUGAGUGUCAAACAGAAAGAUCACAAAUCAAAAACAAAUCGUAUGCUUUAAAAAAACUGCGAGCUAAGCUUUAUCAAAUUCAGGUUGAUGAACAAAUGAAAAACGUUUCAAGGACAAGGAAAUUCCAGAUUCAGUGUCUGUCAAUAACUUUCGUCCAGCUUUUCCACAAAUGUACAACUCGCUUCUCCAAUCCUCCACCGGAGAGUGGAGCGUCCCCAUCCUCUGGUUCUGUCCUAUGGUAUCCAUUCCGUGCAUGUCUUUGCCCAUCUGUCAGCUUCCAUCCUUGCUACGUGACCGGCCCAUCUCCACUUGAUUAGAUGAGCUUCCCGUUGCAGAUAGUUCACUUUAACCAUUUAAACGAACAUUUUUUAAAUCAUGUCUUGUCUUGUAGAGGUUCCCUUGAUGAAAAUUAUAACAUUUUUGCGUUUCUCACUUACUUCUUGAAAUUUCUUCUGUUUUGUUUCUUCUUAUCAUCUGUCAAGUUCACCGGCCAAUGUUUAAGUUUGAGCACUGUACAGUAUACAAUUUGAUGGAUAAACACAUUUUCUGAGGGCU